GACUGUCAGUCGGGCGCCCUGACGUCAGAUGGCGCGACCUUACAAUGACGGACCAAGAAAACAACAAUAGCUUUUCAGCCAAUCCUUUCGCUGCCCUCUUUGGGUCUUUGGCGGAGGCUCGUCAGUUUGUGGCAGGUCAGAAAGAGCAACUCGGCCAGCAGACUGAGGAUGAUGCUGGAGAGAGCCAAGACGAGUCAGACAAUAGCGUGUCGGAAAGUCUGGAUGACUGUGAUGACUCCGUGGCAGAAAUCAGUCGAUCUUUCCGGUCCCAGCAGGAGAUCUGUGAGCAGCUAAACAUCAAUCACAUGAUCCAAAGAAUCUUCCUCAUCACCUUGGACAACAGUGAUCCUAGUCUGAAAAGUGGGAAUGGAAUUCCAUUACGUUGUGUGUAUUUGGAGGAACUUUGGUCUGAGCUGGAUGGACAGGACUGGCUUGACAUGGAUAAUGUUGAACAGGCUGUGUUUACCCGACUGCUUCUACCAGAACCAGGAAAGUAUCUGAUUUGUAUGACGUCCUCUGGAGCCCCUAACCUGUCUGCAGAGAGGGAUGCUGGAGAGAAACAAAUUAUCCCAUUCUUAUUUUCCUGUUUUCAGAGAGCAAAGAAAGAGGUCACAAAAGUGCCUGAGAACCUUUUACCAUAUGCUGUACGGUGUAAAGCUCUGGUUGUAUCCAAUGCUCACACUGUUCUACUGACCCCAGAGAUAUACCAUGGGCAGGAUGUUGCUACACAGUUGGUGGACUUGAUGCUAGAAGAACUCCGAGGAGCAAAUUUUGAAGAGGUAACAGAGUUCCUGGAGGAGGUGAUAGAGGCACUUUUGAAAGACGAGGAGGUCCGCUCUUUUAGUGAGGUUUUCCACCCAGUGUUUGAUGUACUCUUGGAGCGCAUACAAGAUUUGGACCUUUGUCAGAUGCUACUCUACACUUACCUUGACCUUCUUCUCUACUGCACUCGGCAAAAGGACAUUGCAAAGGUGUUUGUGGAAUAUAUUCAGCCACAGGACCCUACAAAUGGACAUCAGUAUCAGAAGACUUUAUUGGGUGCCAUCCUUAAUAUCUCAUGUUUGCUGCGCACGCCAGGGGUGGUUGAGAAUCAUGGAUACUUUAUAAGUCCUUCUCGCUCCAGCCCCCAAGAGAUCAAAGUACAAGAAUCUAAUAUACAUCAGUUUAUGGCUCAGUUUCAUGAGAAGAUAUAUCAGCUCCUGAAGAACCUUCUUCAGUUAUCUCCAGAUACUAAGCACCGUAUUUUGUCCUGGCUGGGAAACUGCCUGCAUGCGAAUGCUGGUCGUGCCAAAAUCUGGGCUAGCCAGGUGCCUGAGAUCUUCAUGCAAACCUAUGCAUCUGACAGUUUCUUCCUGAACUUUGGAGCAGCCUUACUUCGCCUCUGUCAACCAUUCUCUAAGCCACGAUCUGCACGUCUGUUGACCUUUAACCCCACCUAUUGUGCUCUAAAAGAAAUCAAUGAGGAGGAACGCAGAAGCAGAAAUAUGCACAUGAAAGGGCUAGAUAAGGAGACUUGCUUGAUACCAGCUGCUGCGGACCAGCAGCCUGACUUUCCUGAGAACUUCAAUUUGGUGACAGAAAACUUGGUGUUGACACAAUACACAUUGCACUUAGGCUUUCAUAGGUUACACGAGCAGAUGGUUAAGGUCAACCAGAGCCUGCAUCGGCUUCAAGGAGCAUGGAGGGAUGCCCAGCAGAGUGGUAGCCCCACAGCUGAGAAUCUCAGGGAACAGUUUGAGCGCCUUAUGACCAUUUAUCUAUGUCUAAAAACAGCUUUGAGUGAACCCCAAAUGCUUCAGAACUGUAUUCACUUACAAGUAUCAACUGCACUGCUUUUAGUGCAGAUUGCAUAUGGCAACAAAGGCACAGAACCAGUGGCCCUCUCUUUUCCUAUGCCCAAUAUACAGCACAGUGCUCUGGCAUAUGUACCAGAAUUCUUUGCUGAUAAUUUGGGGGAUUUCUUCAUAUUCCUACGUCGAUUUGCAGAUGAAGUUUUGGAAACUGCAGCAGAUUCCUUAGAGCGAAUUCUUGAUUUUAUCACUGUUUUUACUGGUAGUGUGGAGAGAAUGAAGAACCCCCAUUUGCGGGCAAAGCUUGCAGAGGUCCUAGAGGCAGUGAUGCCACAUCUGGAACAGGUGCAGAACCCCCUGAUUUCUAGUGUGUUCCAUCGGCAGCGUAUCUUCUGUUCAUACCAACAUGCCCCACACUUGGCGGAGGCCCUCAUUAAGGUGUUUGUUGACAUUGAAUUCACAGGGGACCCCCAUCAGUUUGAGCAGAAGUUUAAUUAUCGUCGGCCAAUGUAUCCCAUACUAAAAUACAUGUGGGGAAGAGACAACUACAGACAAAGUAUAAAGAACUUGGCUGACUAUGCCUCUGAAAAUCUGGAAGCAGUGAACCCACCUCUCUUCUUACGUUUCCUUAAUCUCCUCAUGAAUGAUGCUGUAUUUCUGCUGGAUGAGGCAAUCCAGUAUCUGAGCAAGAUUAAAGUCCUGCAGAUAGAAAGGGACCGAGGUGAAUGGGAUGGACUGAGCCCUGAGAACCGGCGGGAGAAGGAGUCUAACCUCCUUAUGUUUGGCCAGUUGGCCCGGUUCCAUAAUAUCAUGUCAAAUGAGACCAUUGGAACCUUGGCCUUCCUUACUUCAGAUAUACGUUCUCUGUUUGUUCAGCCAUUUCUUGCUGAUCGAACUAUUUCCAUGCUCAACUACUUCCUGCAGCAUCUUGUCGGGCCUAAGAUGGGGGCCUUGAAGGUGAAAGAUUUCAGUGAGUUUGACUUCAAGCCACAGCAGUUGGUGUCUGACAUCUGCACAAUCUACCUAAAUCUCGGGGAAGAGGAGAAAUUCUGUGCCUCUGUACCUAAGGACGGCCGCUCGUAUUCACCCAUGCUUUUUGCUCAAACUGUGCGGGUACUAAAAAAGAUAAAUAAGCCUGGAAAUAUGAUUGUGGCAUUCACCAAUUUAGCUGAAAAGAUCAAGUCCUUGGCAGACCGGCACCAACAGGAAGAAGAAACAUUUGCUGAUGCACCUGAUGAAUUCUUGGACCCCAUUAUGAGUACAGUCAUGUCUGACCCAGUAAUUCUACCCUCCUCCCGUGUUACUGUGGAUAGGUCAACUAUUGCCCGACACCUUCUGAGUGACCAGACUGAUCCUUUCAACCGCAGUCCUCUAACCAUGGAUCAGAUCAAACCAAACGUUGAAUUAAAAGACAGGAUACUUCACUGGCUAGCCCAACGAAUGCAGCAGAGUGAGAACCUUGGCCAUGGAUCACUAUAGACAGACUUACAUAACGGAAAUGGAUAUUUCAGCUUCCUUUUAUAAUGAUAUCAAUACUAAAGACAAGCUUGUCGUUCAGUUGCAAGCAAAGACUAUCAGCCAACAACUUGUUUUCUAUCCACAUUAAAUACAUGUAUGCAAAAAUUCUGUGAACUACUAAAUCGAAGACUGGGGAUUUCCAGAAAAAGACUUCUUAAUUAGGUAUCUGUAAGUAGUGAGUCAACCAGUGUUUCUGCUGCUAGUCUUAUCAAUAACAGGCAUUGUUAGCUUUGUAAUAUAGUGGCCUGCUAAUAAUCCUGGGGAUGAAUUGAGGGUAUUCUCUGUAUCAUUUGCCCUGUUAUGUGUCUCUUUGCUUUGGAGUUAAAAUGCUAAACUCCUAUUUUCUUGCCCUAUACACCACCACCUACUUUUUUUGGCUUUCUCCAGUUCAUUGCAGCACAUACCAAAAUGAUAUGUGUAAGAUGCUUGCUUGGGUUGUAACUUACAGGGUGCAUGCCCCAUGAACAUGUAGACUAUUUGUUGAACAGUUGGUACAUAUUUAUGUUUGUAUGUAGUGGAUACGCUCAAGAGAUGCAAGAUCAAUACGAUGCAUGUGGAAGCCACCAUGUCAAUGUUUAAACUCAGUGACUAUGCCAACUCGUGGCCCCUAGAGAAGUAGUAGACUGAUCAGUCAGCAAUUCACCAAUGUGAAUAGAUGGAUUGUAUUGAACCAGCCAAUGUGCUAAUAAGUUAUGUGACUGUGCAAAAGUACUGGUCCCUUUCAAUUCAUGGUUGGAUGAUGGUCCAUACCUAAGUCAUUUGGGUUCAAUAUGGUUUUUGUUUUCUAUUUUGGUUAAAUUACUGAGGAUUCCCUACAGUAUGAACUUCCAAAACACACAGAAGCUAGGCCCCCUACACACACAUGCAUACUGUUCAGCCAAAAAAGCCUGUAUGUGCACAAAUGUAAUCCCUUUUAUGAUUUAUGGCCCAAGCUUUUAGUAUUAUACACCUUGUUUCCUGGCCCACAUUGAUAAAGACCCUCUAAAAUAUCUGAUCGAUGUUUCACUUGCAGUUUCUUCUAUUAUUUCUUAUGCAAAAAUUCGGAAGUCCUAAUUGUUUGCACACAAGCCAACCGCAGCAAAGCUGAGCCUAUAAAUUAUAGAGAUAUAAAUCUCUCCUUUGAUUUCAAUCUGCAGAGAUGUUAAUGUAUGGUAAUCCAAAGAUUAAUAAAUAUUAAAACAAUAAA